AUGGAACCAGAAUUGAAGGCUAAAUUGUGGUAUCAUAUCGAUAUCAUGCUGAAAGAAAGAUUUCCUAAUGUUGAACUCACUCCUAGAUACAUUAAUGCCAUGGUAGAAAUUGUAUAUGGUAAACUACAAGAAAUUUCUACCGAUUUGAAAUCGUUUGCAUUACACGAUAGCAACAGGACCACAAUUAAUCAGAAGGACUUACAAUUGUAUCUAAGGCACUGUCCGCAGCUUAUCGACAAAUUAAUCAAAGAGGCUUAA